UGAAGCCUGAUACAGGGAGGGGCACCCAAAGUGGGACUCUGCUGUGGGUGGAGACACUGUGGGUUGUCUCUCUUUCCCAUGGAACAUCCACCUUAACACUGAACACUGUGAUUCAAAGUCUGCAUUGCAUGAGUAAACGACCAGUGGCACGGUGCAGGUAAAUAAUAAAAGCUAAAACAAUGAGUGAAUCAGCAGAGGCUUUGGCUGCUAACCUCGAAAGCAGAAGAAAUGUCACAAUUGAGAUCACCAACUUGACAAACAGUCACUGCCUCAUUAACCCCAAGGUUUUCCUUGACAGCGGCAAUGUCCACAGCCCUCCCCAACCCACUGUCCGCCCACUUAAGACCGAAGUCUGCAACUUUAGCAAAGACAGUGGCAAAUCCACAGGCGCUGUAGGCGUUCUGACUUACGAGCUGUUUGAGCGGCAUUCCAACAGCACCAAAGAAAUGAUAGCAAUAAUGUUCUCUGUGCCGUAUGACUACAACUUGUACAAAAACUGGAUAGCUAUAGGAAUCUACGACAAGAGCAAAGAAUGCAACGAGAGCCUCUACAAAGAGAUGUACUACAACAAGGAGCAGAAUGGCUUUGUCCGACAGGAGUCCAACGGCAGUGGGCUUACCUUUCAGGGUAGAGGCGUGGACGUCAAGGCUACUAUGUCCCCCAUGGGCAGGUGCAUUAUGAAGGUAGAGAUCUGGGACAAGGUGUUCUCCCAAAUGGAACAGCAACAUCACUAAGAUGUCCAUUCAGAUUGUGUUUAAAAAAACUUUAUGUUAGACAGACUAAGCUCUGUGCAAUCCUGUGUUGAUGUAACAUCUGUUCUUGAAAUAAAAGGAUAAUCACUUAAAACAA